CACCAUGUUGCCACCUGGCUUCUCCUCUUCGGUGCCAGUGCUUCGAAAAGCCACCAUUUUCUCUCUCUUUCCUCAUAUUUCUCUCUCCUUCUCUCUUGUUUAUCCCCUUUUCUUCCCUGUGCCACUCUAUUCUGUCCCGAUUCUUCCAUUUUCUACCUGAGUAAGUAUAUUCAUCCGAUCCCCCUUUUUCAUUCCCAAUUUCCCAGAUGGGAUCAUUCUUUUUUAUGUUCUCCAUCAUCCCUUUUGAUCCCAUCCUCUAAUAUUUCUGAUUUGCCCUUGAUUUCCAUUCUUUUUCACUCAAUCUGUAUCGAUUUUGUUCGGGACUGAUUUUUUCUCACGAUUAUCUGCAUUCUAACGCCCCUCCCCCCAUUUUUCUGGGUUCUCUUUUUUAUGUUUAGCCAUCCAGUUGCUGGCUUAGAUGGUAUGCAGCUACAAUAUAAGGAAUGUGAUUGCUCAGGCUGGACAUAUAGGAAUAAUCAAUAGAAGGGUCCAAAUCAGUAAUAUCUGGAGGAGUUUGCCUUCCAAUCUUGGAUUUGUUCACACCUGGAAGCGUGAAUAUAGAACAAGUCUCAUGAUGAUGGUAGAUACAGGUGCAUCUGAAAACCGUGGGCCGAUUGUUGAUAAGCAUCCAGAGAAAGAUGAAGAUGGUGGCUAUACAAGUGGAGGAUGGAAAAGUGAAGAUGGGAGACUUAGUUGGGGGUAUUCAAGUUUCAGAGGGAAGAGGGCAACCAUGGAAGAUUUCUUUGAUAUUAAAAUGUCGAAGGUCGAUGGUCAAACUGUCUGCCUUUUUGGCAUCUUUGAUGGUCACGGUGGGUCCCGAGCUGCAGAGUUUUUGAAGGACCAUCUCUUUGAGAAUCUAAUGAAGCACCCAAAAUUUUUGACGGAUACCAAAUUAGCUAUCAGUGAAACGUAUCAACAGACAGAUGCUGAAUUUUUAAAUUCGGAAAAGGAUACUUUAAGGGAUGAUGGCUCUACUGCUUCAACUGCUUUGCUGGUUGGCAAUCAUCUCUAUGUUGCCAAUGUUGGAGAUUCACGUACUAUUAUAUCAAAGGGAGGUGAAGCUAUCCCUCUUUCUGAGGACCAUAAACCAAACAGAACUGACGAGCGGAGGAGAAUUGAAAAUGCUGGGGGUGUUGUCAUGUGGGCUGGCACUUGGAGAGUAGGAGGAGUGUUAGCAAUGUCCCGUGCUUUCGGUAACAAGAUGUUGAAGCAGUUUGUUGUGGCGGAUCCCGAUAUUCAGGAUCUUGAAGUAGACAAGGACAUCGAGUUGCUUGUUGUUGCAAGCGAUGGACUUUGGGACGUGGUACGCAAUGAGGAUGCAGUAUUAGUGGCGGGGAAGGAAGAUGAACCUGAGGCAGCUGCUCGGAAGCUAACUGAAGCAGCGUUUACGCGUGGCAGUGCUGACAACAUAACGUGCAUUGUGGUGAAGUUUCAUCACGAGAAUGCAGGUCCUGUGGCAGAGAACUAAGAAUUUUGUAUUGCAAUGUGUAGAUUCUUUUUCUAGAGAGGCGAGAGAGAAGAAAGAAAACUUGGAUAUUGGGUGUUAAUUAAUUCUGCACCUUCAGCAAAAUGGGUGUGCAUAAGAGCUGAUUUGUUUAUUCAUUGGUAUUUUGUAAUUUGGUUUUCCUCAAUCUUAUUUUAACUGUUCAUUCCACAUAUCUGUAUGCUCUUUCUGUCUGUAAACUCUGAUACAGAACAAGUUAAUCUAGUUUUAUUCUAAUGCUUCUAAUUGGUAACUCAUACAAGUUGUAUUUA